AUGAAAGGAAUCAGCUAUGGGCCGUCCCCGCUCAAGGCGGCAGGACGCCUGCCCAACGACGAUUUUAUGUCAGAUUCUGCCAAGGCCCUGUGGAGUUCAUCCGGUCGUGGGGACUUGGCAAUAAUGAAAAAACUGGGUGCCAACGCGGUACGACUUUACGGCAAUGAUCCUAGAGAGGACCAUAAGCCCUUCCUGGAUGAAGCACAUGGUUUAGGACUCCAGGUCAUCCCUGGCAUGAGCGAUUACCCAUACACUCAGAUGCCAAAAAAUUGUCAGACGACGGACUACAACUGCUAUCCCCAGAUCAAAGAGCAGUACAAGAGCAAUUUGGAGAACGGUUUCCUCGAGAAAGACGGCUCGUAUCACCCUGCCUUGAAGACAAUUAUAGUCAUCAACGAACCUGAUCUGAAGAUUCCAGGGGAGUCGCAACCCAAAGAGUUCAGCAGGGCGAUUAUAAGUGCAAUCGAUGGCAUGCUGGAUGCUGAGAAGGAGGCAGGUGUCAAUGGAAACUUGCCGAACUUUACGGCCACCUUCUCCUUUGGUGUAUGUUCCGCUUGCUCGGGGGCAAAAGCCAAGCCCUCUCUCGGCCAGAUGUUGGAGUUGCGACGUGCCAUGGAGAAGCCUCAGGACUAUGGAUACAAGGCGAAGAACGAUUUGGCUCAGGUCUACAAGACCAGGUUCACCAACAGCUUCAACACCAAUAAUCCUGCCACAGACAUGAAGCCACUCUUCCUUGAUAGCUACGAGGUGCUGUUUCCAACAACGCCCGUUUUCAUCGGCGAGUAUCAUGCCCCGCAUGUCCCAGCCGGUCAGGACUUGCAGAAGAUCAUGUCCAUCGCGCGAAAUUCCAGCUUGGCAGGCGUGAGCUUCUUUGAGUUCCAGGUGCGAUACGACAAGGGUGGAUCCGAGAUGGAGUUUGGCAUGUUUGGCCUCGGGGUCCAGAAGAUAGCGAGCAUGAACUUCUUCGGCGUGGAAUUCCCCGUGUGGUGCCUGACGGAAAUUGCAGACAAGCAGUCUUCCAGUACCGUGGUGGAUGAGGUCGCAAAAGCAUUCGAAGGUGAGGGCAUCAAGGCGAAUGAGCUUUGCAUCAUCGACCCGCAGAAGGUGCCCAUUUCGGAGGAUGGCUACCAAGCCGUGCUGUCCUUGAAGGAUGUUACAAAGAUGUCUUUGUUCGUGACGCGGGUGGUGGAGCACAUGGGAGGCUCGGUGUCGAGCAGCCAAGACUUGCAGAGCUUCGCCCGGAGAUACACAACCGGGAGUAUGAGAGCAGUGCGUGCACGAUCUCUAGCAAGCAGUCUUAGCUUCGCUUCCAUGGUAGCCGACCUCAGUCAGCAUCCAUCUUGGGUUCAAUGGGAUGUGAUGGCAGCCUGCAUUGCUGAUCGAUCGUCAGAUGAGGGCAGUGUUGGAGAGGCAAUCAGCUACGCCUGUGGCAAGCUUCUCUCCUUCAAUUGUUCCAAGUUGCCUGACAGCUGCAGCAAGGACAUCUGGUCGAAGGCAGAUUACGUCCUUAGUCUGUACUACCUCCGGCAGGUCAACAGCAGCAAGCCACUGCAAGAUUGUAACUUUGCUGGUGCGGCCAUGUUUGCACCAGCAACUACCUACAGAGGUCUUGAUAGCAGCUGUGUCAUCACAAAGGACGCUGCUACCACGGCUCUCACUGAGGAAGGAUACCAGACGGUGCUCAGCAGCAACAGCACUGAUCAGGCUGUUACCUUCAUCAGGCGUGAAGUUGCAGACCAGAACAUGCAGGUUACAGACCAGGCAGGUCUCGCGGCCUUCGCUGCUCACCCGCCGGCCAGCUUCGACAAGCUGAAGGACGAACUUUCUCAACUGCCGUGGGUAUGCGGUGGCCCCUCAGCAAGGAAUUGCCCAGCGAAGAAUGGUCUGACGUCCUUGGAGAUAGGCCUGAAGCAUGGCUUAGCCAAGCAGCCGCGGAACCUCGGGGGCCUGUGCAAGAUGCAGGCCAGGCACGGCGAGUGCCUGGAAAGAGGCCAAGCGAAAAUCACACCAGCAUACAAAGACAAAGUCCAAGCCUGGAAAGACGAAGCUGCAGCCCGGCACCGCGAAACUGCAGAACUUCGCUUGGAGGCAGACGCACUCUUGACUGCUUUGUCCUUCAAGUCUGGCGCAUGUGUGCCGCACAGCUCCAAGCAGAGCUGCAAGCUGAGCGAGCCCGGUCUCAGGAGCUUCAGGCUCGACUGGAGGUCCUCCAUAGUCGUGGCCUGGCCGUGGAGGGCUGCCCUGCUUCCUCCACCUGCUCCUUCCGACAAGAACGAGAUGAAGGUGUAUGCCCCUGACUACAUGGCAUGUCUCACGUCACGAGACUACUUGUCACAGAAGCUACGUUCUCUGGAUGUGGACUGGGUGCGUGCCAAACGCAUCUCCAACGCUGCAUGGGAGAGGAAGUCAGCAGCCAUCCCAGACUCAGAGAUGAGGAUCGAUGAUGCAACACAGCGCGGUGUCUGGAAGGCCAUCGACCUAGCAGCCAUGGCUGCACGGCAUGCUGGUGAAGUUGCCGAGCUGCAGCUGCAGCACACGUCGGCACUGCAGGUGCUUCAAAGCAAAGCAGACGUUUCACUGGGCCGUGCUCGUCUGGCAGAGGUUCGAUGCAUAAGCUUGGAAGCAAAGAAGGAGCGCUGCUGCUCGAUGAUGUUGAUGCUUGUACAGGUUCACACGCGCGGCGAGGUUUUCGCAGCGUGGAGCAAAGCGUGUCAGUUGUCGAGAUCGCUUCGCCAGACUAAAGUGUCUAUGGCUUUCGUCUUGCUGCGUGCCUUCGAGCAGCGAGAGUCUUUGCCUCGAAUGGUCCUGCACAGCUGGGCGGCCGUGUGCCGCACUGAGCUUUCUGAUCGAAGGCGAAUUCAUACGGAGGCGCUGCUUUCAGGUCGUGAAUCCAUGCAUCAAUCACGACUAUCCUGGCUAAUGUGCAGCCACAUUUCAUCUAAUCUUCAGGCCUGUGCCAAAGAGCUCUUUCUGUCUUGGAGAUGUGUGGCCCUUUCUGCUGGUUCCAGAGGACUGCAUGCACGAUUGCGCCUUGAAGAGGCUCGUCGAAGUGCCGCACAAGGAUUCCUGUUACGGCUACGUGAGAAUCACGGUUCAAAAUUAACAAUGCAAGACGUUUUCGGGGUUUGGUCGAAAGAGGUGUUGCUCCGUCACAAUGGUGAGUUCCGAAGUCAACUUGAGCGGGCUCGGGCUCUGCACGUGCAAGAGUCCAAGUCUACGACUUUCAAAUGGCUGCUAAUGCUGCAAAACUCCAACGAGGAUGCCUUGCUCGCUCGCGCAUUUUUCGCUCUACGCUUGGAGACCCAGGAGCGUGUCCAGCAGGCUCGUACGCGGGCCUGGAGUGCACAGCAGGCAUCUGAAUUGGUGUCUUGUGCAAAUGGCAAGGCGGUUCAGGCAGUCUUGGUUGCCAUGGACAGGAGCGGGGUCUCUUUGCAGAAAUGUGCGUUCUCAGAGUGGACAGCAUUUGUCCAUGCUGGCAAGACUUCUCGAAGUUUGGAGGCGCAUCAACUAAGGGUCGCAACGCUGCAGUGCCAUUUUGAGAGCACCAUGUCUGGCUUCUUCAGCCGUUCCGUCGCACUGACAAGGCUGAGCAGGGCUUUGCUGGCGUGGGCACGUGCAGCACGGCAACGUGGCCUCCAAAACUUGCAAGCCCGCGAGCGAGAGCAGUUUUCCGCCUGGCGCCUGCGCUUCGUGGAAUCAGCGACGUGCUGGCAGGGCAAGGACUCCGAUCAGCUUCUUGCUUUCCACUGCUGGCAGGCUUGGAUACAAUUUUGCACGCUGGCAGCCAGGGAUCGCGCGUCUGCAAAAUUCCUCAAGCAGCUGCAUCAACUGCAGAUGCAGUGGUCAAGGGCGCAGAUCCUGAUGGUGGGGGCGUCCCUGCAGGUGCAAAGGGUCUUCCUAGUAAGGGCCUGUUUUUCAGCGUGGUGUCGGGCUGGAAGCCUUGCACGAGCGCUGGGCGACCGGCAGGAGUGUCAGAGAUUGCAGAUGCUGUUGGCGCGAGUGCUGUAUGCCAGAGAUUUGGCUCUUCAGCGCCUCGCCAGCAAGACACAGGAGCAACCUGUUGGCUUCUGGUUUCAACUCGCUUGGGCCAUGUGGCGUCGGCUUCGUCUGGAAAGAAUGAUGAUUGAGGAAUUGUACAUUGCACACGGCAUGCCCGUGUCACUUGAAUAUGAGGCCAAUGUCGCGUCUCCACAAGGUCAGCCCGCGUUGGCUCUUUCUGUCGCGUGGGCAAUCACGACUCACGAGUUUGUGAUCUGGAAUCUGGCCAUGGCUCAGGGCAGCAAGCACGCAAGAAAUGCAACGCGCAUUCGCAGUUUCCAUCCGGGCAAUGGAGGGAAGUUCAAAAGUUUCGUCCUACAAACGAAGAGCGGCCGUCUGACCAAUGGAUGCGGCAGAGCGAGCGGAGCGAAGGCUCGCCAGGCUCGCGUGGCCUUUACCUCGAGUUCGUGCCAUAAGCCGUGCCUGUGCACAGGCAAGCUCUCCGUCAGCUUGCUCCACGUGUGUAUUCUGCUUGGCGUGCAAAGCGUGGUGGCAAGUUCAAACCAGGUCAAAUUGGCAUGCGUUGUCCACGUUGGAAACUCCGGCAACGAGCUCGCGGCCUUUGCAGCAAUCGCAAGGCUUGUGAAUGGAACCCGGGCGCGGGUCUUCGAAUCUAGUGUUGCUGCAUACCCUGCAGUUCCCUGGAGCAUUCCCUCGCGGUCCAUGUUCUUGAUUGUGGAGAAUUUCCUGAGAAGCCUCAGCGAGGUGGGCCUCCUGCAGCCGAAGGACGAAAGAGCUCUCUCCGCUUUCUCAGCUCUCUGCGGCCAAAGGAGAGAGCGCUGCGCUUGCACCGGUGUGGGCAUCGACCAGAAGAGGUCUCUUCGCUUCGCUAUACCGGAGUUUUCCGCUGGCUUCCGCGUGGCGGUGCAGGCGGUACUGAUCGGCUCUCUCGUGCGGGCUCCAGCAGCCACGCUAUUACUUCUCGGCCGCCUUUUCAUUGAGGAGGUGCAUUACCAAGUUUUCGUUUACACGGCUCCGAUAUUCGAUUCCCCUGCUUGCAAUGAUGCGAUUGCGAUUCUCCUUGGUGAGUGGGUGUCAGCAAGGUUGCAGGUGGCAUCCCUUGAAGAUGUUGUUCUUGAAGAGUACUUCCAGUCUAUUGUGGGAUCCCAGCACAUGCGACAGUGGUUCAAGCUGCGGAAAGCGUACGCAAUGAUGGAGGAUCACGAGCGAUUGCAUGGCUGGAAGUUUGAUUUGGUUCUCAAGUUUCGAACAGACGUGGAGUUGACUGCGCCGCUUCAACUUUCAGACUUCCCCGAGGUUUUGACUGGCUCGGUGGUCUACAGCGCGCAUGAUGUGGUGUUCUUUUGCAAUCGCCAGGUGGCCCACACCUUGCUGAAUGACAUCCUUGAAAAGUUCAUCGCUCGCUCUGGGAACGAAAGCAGGCUGUUGCCAUUGGACUAUGGCAGACUCCUGCGUGCAGACGAGGGCAAUGCAAUGCCUUUGCAGGUUUUCCCUGACGUGCAUUGGAGUUUUCAUGCUGCUGUUGUCGGACACGAACGAAAACCAGGUAUGUUUGCGUCGGUCGUUCGCAGAUUCCGUGCUGACUUGGAGGCAGCACACAGGCGGAGUGAGCAGGGAGAGGCGGUGCAGACAGUUUCUGGCCACUGGAGGUUCCGAAGUGAUACCAAGCAGUACCAGCAUUGGCAACGCACCAACCGCCUUCCACGCAACAACGAAAUGUGCUCAAUGAGGCAUUGGUUUUACCACGUGCACCGUGCAGAGCCGGAAGUGCUGAUGCGGGGCUGGACCGGAAGCUCCAUGAAGCUCUCGAGGACCAGGUCAGCCAAGUUGGGCUAG